AGCACUUGGGCGGUGACGCAGGGAGGAAAUCCUUAAAGUGCCAGAAAGCUACUGGACGCCAUUCCCGACAAUCAGUAACCAUGGCAACAACUCCUGAUGCUGCUUUUGAGGUCCUCAUGAAUGGAGUGACCAGUUGGGAUCUUCCUAAAGAACCCAUUCCCAGUGAACUCCUCCUUACUGGCGAGGCUGCCUUCCCAGUGAUGGUGAAUGACAAGGGCCAGGUGCUCAUUGCUGCCUCUUUCUAUGGCCAAGGCCGCCUGGUGGUCGUGUCCCACGAGGGCUACCUGCUGCAUGCUGGCUUGGUUCCUUUUCUUCUCAAUGUGGUGAGCUGGCUCUGCCCCUGCCCUGGGGCUCCCAUUGCAGUUCAUUCUUCCUUAGCAUCAUUAGUUAACAUCCUAGGAGACUCUGGGAUAAAUGCAGUGGUUCAGCCUGAACCUAGAGAGGCUCUGGGAGUUUAUUGCAUUGAUGCCUACAACGACACCUUGACUGAGAAGCUGAUCCAGUUCCUGAAGAAUGGAGGAGGCUUGCUAAUUGGAGGCCAGGCUUUGAAUUGGGCUGUUCACCAUGGCCAUGAUAAAGUGCUGUCCAUUUUUCCUGGAAACCAGGUGACAAGUUUGGCUGGAGUAUAUUUCACAGAUGUCUAUGGGAAUAGAGACUUGUUCAAGGUUUCUAAGGAGAUACCCAAUCUCAGACUCUAUGUCCAGUGUGAGGAUGAGCUCAAGUAUGACCAGCAGCAGCUCCUGAAAGGGAUGUCUGAGAUGGACCUUGAGACAGGCGCAGCCCCCUCCCAGCUGCUUGUGCAUGGACAGCGGGCAUUUCCCUUGGGAGUAGACAAUUCAUUCCAUUGCUUUCUUGCAGCUGCCCGCUAUGGCCGUGGUCGGGUGGUGCUGGGAGGGCAUGAAAGUUUGAUACUUAAUCAAACCAUGCUGCCAUUUGUGCUCAAUGCUUUACACUGGCUGAUGGGGAAUCAGACAGGCAGAAUCGGGUUAGCUUCAGAAAUGAGAGCACUGAAGACUAUGCUACCCAAUAGCAGUUUCCAGUGGAGUGAAACCGAACUGCUAACCAGUGACUUGAGUGUGUUUUGCUGCUGCUCAUUCGCCCGUGUAGACCCCGAGAAGAUAGAGGAAUUUGUUGCAGAAGGUGGAGGCUUGCUAAUUGCUGCAGAGGCCUGGGUGUGGGGCCGCAGGAACCCAGAUUCUAACUGUAUGACUCAAUACCCAAAUAACAUCAUCCUGAAACGCUUUGGCCUUGGCAUCAUUAGCCAGGUGGUCCAUCGAGGCUCCUUCCCAGUCCCCAAUCCUGAGGUGAUAAACUACCACAUCCGUAGAGCCCUGUCCGAAUUUGAGUCCCAGAACUACAGUCAGGGAAGUAGCUUACAAGAGAGCUGGCUGAAUAAGCUCUUACAAGAUUGUUUCUACGUGUUUCAAAUGACGCACCAGAGGAUUUCCAUCUACGACUCUGUGAAGAAACAUGCCCUGAAAAUAAUCCAAAGCAAGGGCUUCCCAAGUGUCACGGAACAACACCCGGUCACAAAGGGCAGCUCUCAGGCUUUUCUGCUCUCCCUUGCCUAUGAAUUAUUCAAAUCUGGAGUGGACAGAUCUCAGCUACUUCCCCCUCCCGCCUUACUACCUCCUACAGAAUCGCCAAUGACCAUUAAAAUAAGCACAGAAAACGACAACUCCUGGGUGAGCACUGGACUCUACUUACCUGAAGGGCAGGUGGCACAAGUAACACUUCCCAGGGAAGCCACUCACGCCAAGCUGAAGGUCCUCAUUGGAUGCCACACGGAUAACAUAAGCCAAGCAAAAACUUACAUCCGUCCCCCUGUGAUGACCUAUGUGUACCAUUUGACUUCAUCCCAGACAUCCAUCUCCUGGCUCUAUGGGGGCCUUCUCUACAUCAUGGUCCCUGAGAAAUACAAUCAUGAUAAUGUGUCUGUCACCAUCAGUGGGGCUGUGUCUGCUCCAUACUUCAAGCUGGGUAAGACAACCCAGGAGGAAUGGAAGAAUCUUAUUGAACACAGCAGAGCUCCGUGGGGAGAAUUAGCCACAGACAACAUCAUCCUGACAAUUCCAACAGUAAACCUCAAGGUUCUUCAGGACCCCUACCCACUGCUCCAACUCUGGGACGAGAUGGUAAAGGCUGUAGCCAAGCUGGCAGCCCGGCCCUUCCCUUUCCAAAGAGCUGAGAGGGUUGUACUUGACAAGCAGAUUUCAUUUGGUUUUCUUCAUUCCGGAUACCCCAUCAUGGGCCUCAUUACUAUAGUGGAAGGCAUCAUUAGCGAGUUCAAAAUAAGGUCACAUGGUAUUUGGGGUGUGAUACAUGAACUGGGCCACAACCGUCAGAAGCCUGGAUGGACUUUCCCGCCACACACCACUGAAGCUUUGUGUAAUCUCUGGACUAUUUAUGUGCAUGAGACGGUUUUAAACAUUCCCAGGGAGCAAGCCCAUCCUUCUCUGAAUCCUGAGCUUCGGAAGCAGAGGAUCAAAGACCACGUGAACAAGGGAGCACCUCUGAGUAACUGGAUUGUAUGGACAGCUCUAGAAACUUACCUUCAGCUCCAGGAGGGCUUUGGGUGGGAGCCGUUCAUCCAGCUCUUUGCUGACUACCAAACCCUCUCUGGCCUCCCUCAAAGCAAUGAAGACAAGAUGAAUCUGUGGGUGAAGAAGUUCUCUGAGGUUGUGCACAAGAAUCUGGCCCCUUUCUUUGAAGCCUGGGGCUGGCCGGUCAAAUAUGCUGUGGCUAAAAGCCUAGCCUCUUUGCCAGAGUGGCAGGAAAACCCCAUGAAAAUGUAUACAGCUGAAGGUACAGAAGGUAGAGAGUGA